UUGUGCCAACUUUUUUUUCUGAGUGUAUUCCGAUUUCUUCGAAAUUGUCAUUAGCAAUAAAUAUUAUCGAAUAAAUAAAUUAUUUAAUAAAAUUUUUGCGUAUGGCUUUCACAAAACACAAUGAGGGCGAUGUUUCUUUGAUCCUCACGUUUUUCCAUCGAAAUCAUGACAACAUUGAAAAUUGUACCAUCAGUGGAAUAGAUGCCUUUCCCAAUUGGUUUACCGAGGAGGGUAUCCGCUACGAUUAUGUCCUGAUAUGUUUUGUAAUAAACAUGUAUCUGUUUCUGGGCGUGGCCAUUGUCUGUGAUGAAUAUUGUGUACCGUCCGUGGAGAGAUUGUGCUAUAAAUUGGGUAUGUCCUACGAUGUGGCUGGAGCCACAUUUCUUGCCGUGGCUACGUCUGCACCAGAGUUCUUUGUGAAUUUCUAUGCCACUUUUUUGACUGAGGGUGACAUGGGUAUUGGUACCAUUGUUGGUUCUUCGACCUUCAAUAGCUUGGCUAUCACUGCAUUUUGUGGCUUUUCGGCUGGCAUGGUGGGCUUCUCCUUGGAUUGGUGGCCUCUCACCCGUGACUUGCUUUGGAAUACCUUAAAUAUUAUUCUCCUGGCUGUAUUUAUGUUUGAUGGUUAUAUAUUUUGGUAUGAAGCUGCAAUACUCUUUUUCUGCUUCCUAAGCAACAUCAUCAACUUGUCAUUGGAUGGGGUUUUGCAAAAGCAAAUUAGAGAUCCCGAAAAAUCAUGCCCAUGUGUGUGUUUUAUACCCCGUGGACCGGUACAAGACUUUUUGGCAAUGCUUGACCCGGAUAAUUCCGAGGAGAAACCAUUCAAUUUCUGUCACUGGCCAAUCGAUGAGAACAGCUGGGCAAAACUCAUUUGGUGUAUCUCGUAUCCUUUGGAGGUGUUAAUGUUUCUCACCAUACCAAAUGUUCGAAGGCAUUCGCAACGUAAAUGUUAUCUCUUGGGUUUGGUUAUGUCCAUUGUGUGGAUUUCCCUUUUAACCUAUUUAAUAUCCUGGAUGCUGACCGUCGUUGGUUAUUAUUUGCAAAUUCCCGAUUCGAUAAUGGGCAUAACAAUUCUGGCAAUUGGUACCAGUAUCCCAGAGGCAAUAUCAAGUGUUAUUGUGACCAAGAAAGGUUAUGGUUCCAUGGCCGUUUGCAAUGCUGUGGGCUCGAACAAUUUCAAUAUUUCCUUUUGCUUGAGUGUUCCAUGGCUUUUCAAAACCAUCUUCAUGUCCAGUAGCAGUGCACAACACCAUGCAGUGGCCAUAAAUUCGGCGAGUAUAUUCCACUCUACCGUCAUUUUAGUGUCCACAUGUUUCAUAUUGUAUGGAUCAUUUUUGAUUACAAGAUUCCAGUUGGGCUUUGGUGUUGCGAUCAUAUGUCUCUUGUCAUAUUUAAUCUAUAUUGUUUUGGCUAUAACACUGGAAAUGUACGUUUUUGGUAGUCACAUUGUACCCCAUUGUCCACAUAAAUCGUGAGAAGUAAAACAGAUUAUAUAUAAA